AUGUAUGAAAAUGAACAAUUAACAUUAACAAAUCAUGAACUUGUUGAAUUAUUUACUGAAGAUUUAGAAAGACAUUUUGAUAAAGCAACAGAUGAAAUUGAUAGAAUAACAACAAUACUUUCAACACCACUUAAAUUAAAACAAAUUUGUCGAAAUCGAAUACGUAAACGUCUUUGUUCUUCUCGAAUAGCUGCUCUUAAUCGACAAACACAUGAACAUUCAUCUAUUUCACCACCAUGA